AUGCCUCUUUCACCGAUCUCGCCUCAAGUGGACAAUAACUGCUUCCUAAAGUGUCUGAUCAAUGACCAGGACCUGCACCUGUCGGAGCGUCUGGGGGACGGCUGCUUUGGGGUGGUCCGCAGAGGGGAGUGGAGGAUUCCCGGUGGGGUGACGGUGAAUGUUGCGGUGAAAACCCUCCGUGCGGACUCCAGCUGUGACCCUGAAGCCCUUCAGGAUUUUAUGAAGGAAGUGAAUGCGAUGUACAGCCUGGAUCACCCGCAUCUCAUGCGACUCUACGGGGUGGCUCUGACACAGCCAUUGAAAAUGGUUACAGAGUUGGCCCCUCUCGGAUCCUUACUCAGUCAUCUGCACUCUUAUAAUGGCGUGUAUUCUCUGCAGCUCUUGUGGUCAUAUUCCAUCCAGAUCGCCUCCGGGAUGAGCUACCUGGAGAGCCACAAGUUCCUCCACAGGGACCUGGCGACUCGCAAUGUAUUGGUGAUGAGUGAAAGGGUGGUGAAGAUCGGAGAUUUUGGACUGACGAGAGUUCUGGCGGCAAAUGACGAUCAUUACACCAUGUCUGCUCACCGCAGGAUGCCAUUUGCAUGGUGUGCUCCAGAGUGCUUGAAGUUUGGCAAAUUUUCACACUCAAGUGAUGUCUGGAUGUUCGGGGUCACCAUGUGGGAGAUUUUCACCUAUGGACGGGAGCCCUGGUUGGGCCUGGCUGGGAGACAGAUUUUAGCUGUCAUUGAAAGAGAGGCCGAGCGUCUGGAGUGCCCUGAUGACUGUCCUCCCGCCUUGUACAACGUGAUGAUGAAGUGUUGGGCAUACAUACCAAAAGAGAGGCCAAAUUUUACCACCAUCAUCAAUCUUCUGAGAGAGGGGAAACCACUAGAGAUUCAACUUCUUCAGGAAGUUAACAAUCCCCCCUUGCUGCUCCUGGAAGCACGGGACAUUGUCACUGUCAUUGAUGCUGGGUUGAACUCUAAGUUCUGGAGAGGACAGAAUCAGCGGACUCUUAAGAUUGGAUCUUUUCCCGCCGCCACUAUCCGUUCAGAGGACUUUGCAAAUGCCCGUGACUCCGUGCACUUGUCCAAUUGUCUGGAAAAGCGUUCUCUUCGGAAUGAUGACUCGCAGAAAGACAUGAGAGCUAAAGCUCUUCACGUAGAGUGUUCACGUAGAGGUGGUCAUGGUCAAGCUAAAGGUGGAGAUUUAUUGCCACCUACACAACGUAUGUCUGUAAGUCUGGAGAACUUCCCUGACUGUUGGUUAAAUGGCAAGCCUCAUAGUCAGCCCUCACCUAGGCCCUCUAGGCAAAAUAAGGAGUGCACAGCAUUUGCAGCCCGUGAACUGUCUGAAAGAAGAAUGAGUGACCAGCCCCCGCGGAACUUCGUAGGCAAACUCCACUGUCCAGCUCCUCCCAAAGCAACAGCCUCCAAGAAUGGGUUUCUGGCUCUGCCCACCAUGCAUAACCCCGGUCAGUGCUUCAGCAGCAAUAAGAAAGAUAAAUUUCCAUCUACCUCAGCCCUGGAUACAGCAGAGAUCCUGAUCGUUCCUCCGCUCGUACCAAAUUGUACAUCUCCAGGAAACAGAUGCAAGAUGACAGACAGUGAACUGCAAAGAAAGAUCAGAGAGAAAUUCUCGAUCAAUGUUUCUAAAUCCCUUCCCCACAGGUUGAACUCUAAGUUCUGGAGAGGACAGAAUCAGCGGACUCUUAAGAUUGGAUCUUUUCCCGCCGCCACUAUCCGUUCAGAGGACUUUGCAAAUGCCCGUGACUCCGUGCACUUGUCCAAUUGUCUGGAAAAGCGUUCUCUUCGGAAUGAUGACUCGCAGAAAGACAUGAGAGCUAAAGCUCUUCACGUAGAGUGUUCACGUAGAGGUGGUCAUGGUCAAGCUAAAGGUGGAGAUUUAUUGCCACCUACACAACGUAUGUCUGUAAGUCUGGAGAACUUCCCUGACUGUUGGUUAAAUGGCAAGCCUCAUAGUCAGCCCUCACCUAGGCCCUCUAGGCAAAAUAAGGAGUGCACAGCAUUUGCAGCCCGUGAACUGUCUGAAAGAAGAAUGAGUGACCAGCCCCCGCGGAACUUCGUAGGCAAACUCCACUGUCCAGCUCCUCCCAAAGCAACAGCCUCCAAGAAUGGGUUUCUGGCUCUGCCCACCAUGCAUAACCCCGGUCAGUGCUUCAGCAGCAAUAAGAAAGAUAAAUUUCCAUCUACCUCAGCCCUGGAUACAGCAGAGAUCCUGAUCGUUCCUCCGCUCGUACCAAAUUGUACAUCUCCAGGAAACAGAUGCAAGAUGACAGACAGUGAACUGCAAAGAAAGAUCAGAGAGGUGGAAGAACGGGUCCAUGGCGUCACCCCAGAAAAGUGCCAGGAAGCGCUACGUUUCUACGGAGGGGAUGUGCCCCGGGCUGUCCAGCACGUAAAGGUGGUCCAUCUGUACAACAUGAGCCGGUACACUAAGGAGCACUGCCGCCGAAUCUUGGAGCAGUACAACUGGAACCUGGAAGCUGCAUCCAACUAUAUCCUGCAACAUAGGAACCCCCGCUAA